CGCUUAGCUCGAUUCCUAGCGCCAACAUCAACUAAAAAUGCCGCCAAAAGUACCAAACGUGAUUUUGAACAACGGAAAACUUAUGCCUGCUUUAGGACUAGGAACAUGGAAGUCAAAACCAGGCGAAGUUACUCAAGCAGUUAAAGAUGCCAUUGAUGCUGGAUAUCGUCAUCUCGAUUGCGCCUUGUACUAUUUGAACGAGGAAGAAGUCGGUGCUGGAAUUAAAGCCAAAAUCGACGAAGGUGUUGUCAAAAGGGAAGACCUUUUCGUCACCAGUAAACUGUGGUGUAACCUGAUGAGGCCCGAUUUGGUUGAACCCACCAUCAAAAGGAGUUUAGGAUAUUUGGGUUUGGAUUAUUUGGAUUUGUAUCUUAUUCAUUGGCCUACAGCCUUCAAACAAGGUGAAGUAUAUACUCCAAAAGGCCCUGACGGCAAAACCCUUUACGGUGACAUUGAUUAUGUGGACACAUGGAAGGCUUUUGAAGAAAUUCACAGGAAAGGCCUUACUAAAUCUAUUGGGGUGUCAAACUUUAAUAAAAGACAAUUAGAAAGGAUUUUAGCUAAUGGUACCGUUAAACCUGUGACGAACCAGGUUGAAUGCCAUCCUUACCUCAACCAAAAGAAAUUAACAGCUUACUGUAAAUCAAAGGACAUUGUUAUCACUGCCUACAGUCCAUUGGGAUCACCUGACAGGCCAUGGGCUAAACCAGAUGACCCGAUCCUAGUUAAAGAACCUAAAAUUUUGGCUUUAACUGAAAAGUACAAAAAGAGCCCUGCGCAAGUGAUUCUUAGGUAUUUACAUCAACUGGGUGUCGUUCCAAUUCCAAAAUCGGUCACCAAAUCCAGGAUUGCGGAAAAUCUUGAUAUUUUCGAUUUCGCACUUGAAGCUGCCGAUGUUGCCGUUUUGGAUAGUUUUGAUUGCAAUGGACGAGUUUGCCAACAUUCAGAGGGAGCCGGACAUCCAAACCAUCCAUUUGAAAAUGACGAUUUUUAAACUGGAUUUGUUGAUAAAUGAAAAAUUUGUUACAUACUGGCCGUUUUUUAUUUCUAGAAUUAUUAUAUCACAGUUUAAUUUUUCUUAGUUUUAGUCUUUUUGAUAGGUGUUUUUUUGAGUGUGUUGAGUAACAAUUUAACAAUAAUUAAUAGAACUAAUACAGGAAUACCAACAAUAACUGCAAAAACAUCUAACAAUAAAUAUUUGUACCAUUCUAUGUCAACGGUGGGGCUUCUCAAGUGUUUGGUCCCUUUGUGUCUGAUGACGUACUCGCUCCACCAGAUCAUCCUUUCUGUGCCUGUCAUCGGUUCAUCUUGCAUAAUUUUUUUCACUUUUCUCAUGUUUUCACGGUAACUAC